AUGAAAAAAAUCAAUUCCAUGAAAAUUGAGAAAACUUGGAAAAUUGAGAAAAAAACAGAAAAUCGAGGAAAAAGGGAAAAGAGAGGAAAUGAGGUAAAAUUGAGAGAAAAAGCGAUUGAAAAAAAAUUGGUAGUCAUGAAAGACAAUGUUUUGAAACCUAAAUUAAUCAUACAACUUUUGAGAUUUUCGCAAUUCUCAACUCCACCGAUUGACGGUUUUUGCAAGAUAGAAACUGUAAGAAUUAAGAGAUAA